GCUUUACUAUUGGACAGCGGCUCUGGUUCGGUUGAGGCGCUGGCGGUGGUCUGCGGGAAAUGGCGGCCGAGGCUCUGGGCGGUCGUCAGCUACGGCCGUUUCUAUGGCGAUGAGGCGGGUCGGGCCGGCUCAGGCCGCGUGAACGAAACAUGACCCAGGGGAAGAAGAAGAAGCGGCUGAACCGCAGUGUCUUGCUCGCCAAGAAAAUCAUCAUCAAGGACGGAGGCACGCCCCAAGGGAUAGGUGAACCGAGUAUCUAUCACGCAGUGAUUGUCAUCUUUUUAGAGUUCUUUGCUUGGGGCUUGCUGACAACUCCUAUGCUAACUGUUUUGCAUCAGACAUUUCCUCAGCACACCUUUCUAAUGAAUGGACUUAUUCAUGGGGUGAAGGGAAUAUUAUCAUUUCUCAGCGCUCCUCUGAUUGGAGCGUUGUCGGAUGUUUGGGGCAGGAAAUCCUUCCUUCUGCUAACAGUGUUCUUCACCUGUGCCCCAAUUCCUCUCAUGAGAAUAAGCCCCUGGUGGUAUUUUGCAGUGAUUUCUAUGUCUGGAGUGUUUGCAGUCACAUUUUCGGUGAUCUUUGCCUACGUAGCAGAUAUAACUCAGGAGCAUGAGAGGAGCACAGCUUAUGGACUUGUGUCUGCAACGUUUGCAGCUAGUCUUGUGACCAGUCCAGCCAUUGGUGCAUACUUGGCCAGGGCAUAUGGAGACAAUCUUGUAGUAGUUUUGGCCACUGCAAUUGCCUUGCUGGACAUCUGUUUUAUACUUGUGGCUGUGCCAGAGUCUUUACCAGAGAAGAUGAGGCCUGCUUCCUGGGGUGCACCAAUUUCAUGGGAACAAGCAGACCCUUUUGCAUCUUUGAAGAAAGUGGGUCAGGAUUCAACUGUUCUGCUGAUCUGUAUUACAGUGUUUCUCUCGUACCUGCCUGAAGCAGGCCAGUAUUCCAGCUUCUUUCUUUAUCUCAGACAGGUAAUUGGAUUUUCUUCAGAGACUGUAGCUGCCUUUAUUGCAGUUGUGGGAAUCCUUUCCAUUUUAGCUCAAACUGUAGUCCUCGGUAUCCUCAUGAGGUCCAUAGGGCAUAAGAAUACGAUCCUCCUGGGCCUUGGCUUCCAAAUUCUCCAGCUAGCUUGGUAUGGCUUUGGGUCUCAGCCCUGGAUGAUGUGGGCAGCGGGAGCUGUGGCUGCCAUGUCCAGCAUCACCUUCCCAGCGGUCAGUGCUCUAGUUUCUAGGAAUGCCGAUCCAGAUCAACAAGGAGUUGUACAAGGAAUGAUCACUGGAAUCAGAGGAUUGUGCAAUGGCCUUGGUCCAGCACUGUAUGGAUUUGUCUUCUAUCUUUUCCAUGUGGAGUUAAAUGAAAUGGGAGAUGUUGAUAACCCAGGCAAAGUUCCAAAAGGAAACAUGCAAAAUCCAACUGAUGAGAGUACUAUAAUCCCAGGACCU